CUUGGAUGUCACGUCCAGCCGCCGCCAUUUUGAAAGGUGUUGGAAUCACCACGUGAGGAGGAAGCGAGUUAGGAAAGAGGACGGAGCAAUCGAGCGGAGCGGCAGAGGCGGGCGAACCCGAGCCAUCACUCAACUCUACUCGUCUUGACUACCCGGGCUAACUUUAGCUACAUGUGCUGAGGUCGAGGGGGAAACUGAUCUCAUCUGCAACAAUGCCGACAAUUACUUUACCGCCGAAAGAGAACGCUCUCUUCAAGAGGAUUUUGCGAUGUUAUGAACACAAGCAGUACAGAAAUGGACUAAAGUUCUGCAAGCAAAUUCUGUCCAACCCCAAGUUUACAGAGCAUGGAGAGACCCUGGCGAUGAAGGGAUUAACCCUGAACUGUCUGGGAAAGAAGGAGGAGGCCUACGACCUGGUGAGAAGAGGCCUGCGCAAUGACCUCAAGAGCCAUGUCUGCUGGCAUGUAUACGGGCUACUACAGCGCUCGGAUAAGAAGUACGACGAGGCCAUCAAGUGCUAUCGCAAUGCUCUGAAGUGGGACAAAGACAACCUGCAGAUCCUCAGAGACCUUUCUCUGCUGCAGAUCCAGAUGAGAGACCUGGAGGGCUACAGGGAGACACGGUACCAGCUGUUGCAGCUGCGUCCUGCGCAGCGAGCCUCGUGGAUCGGCUACGCCAUCGCAUACCACCUCCUGGAAGACUACGAGAUGGCUGCAAAGAUCGUCGAAGAGUUCCGGAAAACACAACAGACGUCUCCAGACAAAGUGGACUACGAAUACAGCGAGCUGCUGCUGUACCAGAACCAGGUGCUGAGAGAAGCAGGCCUUUACAAGGAGGCUCUGGAGCAUCUGUCCAGCUAUGAGAAGCAGAUCUGUGACAAACUGGCAGUGGAGGAGACUCGAGGAGAGUUAUUCUUGAAGUUGGAGCGCCUGGAUGAUGCAACAGAGGUCUACCGCCGUCUGCAAGAGAGGAACCCAGAGAACUGGUCCUACUACCGGGGCUUGGAAAAUGCCCUAAAACCAGGCCGUGUAGAAGACCGACAAAAGAUCUACGAGGACGCCUGGGAGAAGUUCCCCAAAGGACUGGUUCCUCGCCGGCUGCCCCUCAACUUCCUCUCUGGUGAGAAGUUCAGAGAGUGUCUGGACAGGUAUCUGCGGUUGAACUUCAGCAAAGGCUGCCCGCCAGUCUUCACCACCCUCAAAUCCUUGUACAACAACAAAGAAAAGGUGGCAUUAAUAGAGGAGUUGGUCGUCGGCUAUGAAACCACAUUAAAAAGCUGUAGAAUGUUCAAUGAGAAUGAUGACGGUAAGGAGGAGCCACCCACCACGUUGCUCUGGGUGCAGUACUUCCUGGCGCAGCACUACGACAUCAUUGACCAACAGACACUGGCUCUAGAGUACAUCAAUGCUGCCAUUGAGAGCACGCCUACGCUCAUCGAACUCUUCCUUAUCAAAGCCAAGAUCUACAAGCAUGCUGGGAACAUCAAAGAGGCCGCUCAGUGGAUGGAUGAGGCCCAGGCUCUGGACACCGCUGACCGGUUCAUCAACUCCAAGUGUGCCAAGUACAUGCUGAAGGCUGGCAUGGUCAAAGAGGCCGAGGAAAUGUGCUCCAAGUUCACCCGGGAGGGAGCAUCGGCAGUGGAGAACCUUAACGAGAUGCAGUGCAUGUGGUUCCAGACGGAGUGCGCACUCGCCUACAAGUCCAUGAACAAAUUUGGAGAGGCCCUUAAGAAGUGCCAUGAGAUUGAAAGGCAUUUUGUCGAGAUCACAGACGACCAGUUUGAUUUCCACACCUACUGCAUGAGAAAGAUGACGCUACGCUCCUACGUGGACCUGCUGAAGCUGGAGGACGUCCUUCGGAUGCAUCCAUUCUACUACAAGGCUGCCGUCAGCGCCAUCCAGAUCUACCUGAGCCUCCACGACAAUCCCCUGACUGACGACAGCAAGGAGAUGCAGGCCGAAGCUGCCAACCUCUCGGACAAAGAGCUGAAGAAGCUGAGGAACAAGCAGCGCAGAGCCCAGAAGAAGGCCCAGCUGGAGGAGGAGAAGAAAAACGCAGAGAAAGAGAAGCAGCUCAAGAAUCAGAAGAAGAAGAAGGAGGAUGAUGACGAGGAGAUCGGGGGACCCAAAGAGGAAUUGGUACCUGACAAGCUGGUCAAAGUAGAAAAUCCACUGGAAGAAGCUGUCAAGUUCUUGAUCCCCCUCAAACACCUGGUCAAGGACAAAAUAGAGACCCACCUACUGGCCUUUGAGAUCUACUUCAGGAAAGAAAAAUACCUGUUGAUGCUCCAGUCGGUGAAGAGGGCGUUGGCCAUCGAGCCAGACCAUCCAUGGUUACACCAGUGUCUAGUGCGCUUCUUCAAAGGAGUCACUGAGAGCACGCAGCUGCCGGAGGUGGUCCGGAUGGUGCUGAAGCAGGAGAUCACCCGGCUGUUCGGAGACAGCAACGCUAUGAGCUUCAACCAGGCCUACCUCGCCAAGCACUCCAACUCCAUACCGCACCGACUGGCUGCUGCUAAGAUGAUGGCGUAUCUGGACUCCUCGAAGGAAACCAAGGCAGCAGAGCUGGCCACUUCACUAGACGUGUCACUCAACAACAGAACCAUACAGAUCUGCACAGAGGUCCUGGAGUGUCUUCGGAGCGCCGCGCUGGGCGACUGUAAGGAGCGCGCCGAGUCGUACCGCGCAGAGUGUCGCAAGCUGUACCCUUACACGCUAGCCUUCAUGCCUCCGGGAUACGAGGAAAACACCAAAAUCGCCAAUGGAGAUGUUUCCACGGAAACGGAGGAGCUAGCCAAUGAGAUGUGAGCGCGUUGGAACAACAGCAAAUGUGAGAAGGAAUUGGGCCGAGCACGGAGCCUUGUGGUACGCCUGGCAGCCAUUUUGUAGAGCCAGACACAGGGAAUGGGUGUUUCGUUCCUUGGCUCCGCUUAAUCGGGUCUGUCCUGCCAUGCCGGCUCGGCUCGGCUCUCUCCCACAUGGUGGAAAUCAGGACUGUGUGUGUGUGUGCGUGUGUGUGUUUGUUGAGAGCAUGUGUGCGGAUGUGUAUAUUUGUGGGAAAGGGGGGGAGUGGGGGAAGAGGAAGAUAACGGAAUGGCCAUUUUACUUUUUUAACAAAGCUGACUACCAAGCUGACAAUUAAAAUAAACGAUAGUUAUUGGCAAACAGUCGGGGUUAGCUGUGACGGACUUACAUGGACUGUCCGUUUCCUCGCAGACGAUCAACAACGGUGACAGCAACCACUCGGUUUGACUCAGUGUUACUGACACACACGCCUAACGCACACUGCGUUCCCCCUUAUUUUAAAAAGCUAAUUUAAAUGAUAAUAGGACACAACUGUCACCCGGAGACUGAGCUGAGUGGAUCUGAUCUCUUACGGAUCUGUAGGAAGCUGAGCAGGACGAGUUACUGAGGACCCAAAGUAGACACUGAGGACAUCCAGCGACAGCAGGCAUGUCUGUGUGCUGUAUCCACGUGGGGCAGGGGAGUGUCAUCACUGCGCUGUACAACCAGAAGAAUGUUGCCUCACACAUGAACAUUUGAUUUGUUUCUUCCCUCACAGUUCCUGGUUAAACUUUGGAAUGUUUCCUGUGUCUGUUAACAUGAAGCACCUUGUAGCACAGAUUAAAACUCUAAAGGUUGUGUGAUGUGUGCCAUUUGCAGUAAAGUGAUUCUCUAACAUUUCUACAUUAUUCUAAGAGUUGUGAUCUGAGCAAUACCAUUGACACCCUCCUGUCCACAAUGGAUUAGUGAUACUCUUAUUGGUAACCAUUUCUAGGUCUGCUUCUCUUGGCAGUCACUUGUGUUGUUGCUGUUGUCACUUGUUAGAAAUGGUUUUAUCUGCAUGUGGACAGGGACUCUUAACAGUCUGAAGUAGGAUGUUUCCACUCUGAUGAACUCUUCUCCACUAAUUAAUUAAAAUGACCCCUCAAAAGGUCAGAGUUUAACAUCCAGGCCCAUUUCCCAUAGUGACAGAAGGAAAAAGGUUGCACGGCGACAACACUUAUGACCAUCUGAUAUGUCUUAGAUUUUAUUUUCUGCUCCUCCCCCUUUUGUCCCCCAAUUAUCUAUUUUCUUCCCCGUUUUCCUCCAAUUUGGGUUGUAAUGUGAAAGAUGAAAUCUGAGAUGGCGAUGUAUGAUAUCUCUGGAUUUUUGUAUUAAAACCAAAUGAAAGAAAGCGGU